GUGAGGUCUAGUCAGUGAGGGUUGGAACCAUGUGAGGGUAAGGACUCGCUCGCCCCGUGCCCACCGUGUAUUUGACUGCCUGGCUUGCUAGGAACAUGUGCUUGUCCACAGCAAGAGAGAUUGGAAAAACACCGCGCUGGGCAUAAAGACACGCGGGGGAAUCUUGCUAGUGUGUUCGGUAUAAGGAGAUAAUAGCGAGGAGAGUGGGCGGACUUAACGCCAAGGGAUUUUAGGGGGAGUGAAAUAUACGCCAGGGGUGUAGGGACACUGCAGUGUGCCCCUUCUAUGAUGAUGGUCACUUCAACAAGGAGCGAUGUGAGCCCAGCAAGAGGCAGCUCCAGGGAGGAACUAGAAGCAGGAGCCGCAACUCGGGCCUUCGUGUAGAGUGUAUGCCUACAGGCUUGCGAGGUCUGGGGUGUGUAUGUAGGAGUGAGUGGCCUACGGGCGUGCGGGAGACUUAAGAUAGGCCUAUUGUGCUUACACCGCCGGACUCUUCUUUUGUCGGGAGAUUUUUCCCUGCGAAGUCGCCGCUGCGACUUUCUUGUUCAAAACUUCACCUUUUUGCCAAGGCUUCCUAGUCAUCAGCACUCGCCAAGAUGUGUUUCGCUCGCACGGGUGACAUGUCCAUGGGGCGCAACCUCAGAGCCGCCCGCUGCCUCGAUUUCACGGACAAGGACGACGACGACGGCCUGUACCAGCCUUCAGACUCGGAGUCGGAGCCGCCCGCCAAGAAGAAGGGAGACGACGAGGAGGAGCCCGCGGCCAACAGCGGAGCGAGCGUGAAGGCGCGGCUGAUCAAGCGCGGCCGCAUCACCGCCACGGCCGGGGGCGUGCCGCAGAGGGCGUCCGUGUCGGUCAAGAGGCCCCUGGACCUCGUGCUGCCGUGCCAGGAGAUCCAGUAUCUCGACAUAUCCUACCAGAAAGUCGGGACGGUCACGCAUAUCCUCCCACAGGUGCAGUUCAGCCCUAUCCCCCGCAAGAAGAUCGCCUACCACCCGGUCCUGCACAACUCCAUCCACUACUGCGACGUCCCCUACUGCGGCACGGGCGAGAGGCCGGUCAAGCGGAAGCCCCUGCAGCGAUCCCACUCCAUCGCCGUCGCCGACCUGAGGGAGAGAGUGGACUGCGAGUGGACCUCUUCGUAUAAGCUCAGGUGAAGGGGAAGGUGACGACGUGGAGGCCAAGAGAGGAAAAGGAGGAGGAGGAGGAGGAGGAGGAGGCAGAAGAAGAAGAAGAAGAGGAGGAGGAGAAAGGAGAGGAGGAGGAGCAGGAGGAGGAGGAGGAGGACACCGGGGCACCAGGAGGAGGACGAGUCGCUCCCCCCCCUGAAUGCCCAUCCGUUCUGCCGUGAUGGAGGGAGCUUCGGGUCAGCGGGUCGGGACGAACAGAAGGAGAAGAAGGAAGAAGAGGACGAUGAUGAUGAUGAGGAAGAGGAAGAGGAGAUGGAGGAGCUCGAGCAUGGAGUUCCAGACCAGCUUCUACUCACGGGACAGUGGAGGCUGCGUGAUCUGGAACCGCUGUGGGACAAAAAGCAACGUUACAUGGACCAAACGUUUCCACGCGUGUGGGAGGGCAUGCGUUGUGGAUGAUUAUACAAAAAAAACGUUUAAUUCUUUUUAGUUGAUUAUGAUUGUGUGAGAAAGCUUUGAAAAGUGUUGAGUUGACCCUUUCCCAGGAGGAGCUGACCCAGAAGUAAUCCGGACACUUCGUGGAAAAAAAAAGAGUGAUUGAACUGCAUUCGGACAGCUGACAUUGGAUGUAUCAUGUGUUUGGUGCUUAAAAUAUAAAAGAAUAUUAGUGAGAAAUAUAAACAAACAGUUAUUACGAUUGAAAGAAGGAAAAAAAUGAAAAAAAAUACAAAACAAAAAAGUGUGCUUUUAUUGGGACGCAGUUAACCUGAAGUGAGGAAAAAUAGAAAAGGAUUUUUUUAAAAUCUCUUAGUGGCCACACUUCAGCUAUCAUUUGCAUCAGCAGCGUGAUUUUAUAUAGACAUUUGCACGCUUUUUUUAAUAGUUUCACAAAUAUCCAAGGACCAAGUGAGGUAGAGAGAAACCCAAGAAUAUUGACGUAGUUUUUUAUAUGUAUAACAAAUCGAGUGAUUUCACAGUGCUAUAAGUAGGUUUUAUAUUGAAUGAAUGUCUGUAUGUUCAUGCGUUGUGUGUAAACAAUAUUGUGUGCUGCAAAGUUGUAUAAUUUUUGAAUAAUCAUCUAUUCAAGUUAUUCACGUUUUCCUCUUCUGUUGUUUUUUGUUUGUUUGUUUUAUCACUCGUUUUCCCACUUCCUGUUCUUUCUUUUUUGUUAGUUUCCCCCCCCCCCCUUUUUUAGUUAUAUCCUUCCUUCAUUAUUUUCCAAUCUUCUGUUUUAUUUUUUUCCUGUGCAUGAUGGUGGCAUACAGUAACUAUAGUUUGAUGGUUGUUUGUGCAGACUGUAGUGAGAGACUUUGAGUGCUUAUAAGAGAAUGCUAAAGAAUAAUAAGUGUAUUUGUUGUUUAUGCACUUUUAUCAACAUUGCAUUAUCCGUAAUAUUAUUUUUUUGUGGAAGUAACUGACAAGUCUUUUUUUCCGUUUAUUAUAUAGUAUUUAUAUACCAUUUGUAAAAAUAAAGCUAUGCGUGGUUCUCAUUGAAUGAAAAAAACACACAAAAAAGUGUAAACCUGACUAAUCACACAAGAAAUGUAAACAGUUUUUAUAUUAUUUUUGGUUUUGAAUAGACUGGAGACAUUGGAAUCGACAAAAAAAACGUAGACCAUUCUAAGAAUAUGUAUAUACAAAGAAUGACAGACUCCAGCACUGACCGAAAGAGAGAAGAAGAAGAAAAAGGAGGAGGAGGAGAAGGAAGAGAAAGGAAAAGAGAACAGAAGACAAAUAAUGCUUUAGUAGUGACAAGGGGACGAAGGACAGUACAGGGAAGGUUCUUGCUGGAGGCAUUCUUAAAAAGCAUAAUAGAUACAGCCGAAAGGAAGACAGAAAUAGAGAGAGAGAAAAAAAAAGAGGCAUAGCUUGGAGAAUGUCUGGCAUGUGUCGUAAAGAAAGGGACGUUGGCAACCUUCUUCUGUUUCUGCGCCCCAUUUCGAUGCAGCAUUUUCUUGGCUCCAGGUCAUCGGCGUGUGGGAGAGGAGAGGAAUUUUUUUUUAAGGUAUAUGGGGGGGGAAAAUGUGGGCAAUGGAAGGAAGUAAAUUUUUAAAAAGGUGGAUUUUUUUUAUCUCCACAUUGGCGAGGUUGGGAAUUGAGUAAAAAUUUGAUGAUGAUAACAUGGAAUGGCUUGGAUAUUCGAGGUUGAUUGACAGUUGGUGGAGACGCUGAUGGCCUAGCGUCACUAAAGUGUUUGUUAUAUUUUAUUUUAUUCUGACGAGAAAUGGACGCGAUGUGGAGUGGAGCCUAUAUUUUUCCUGCUUUAUAUGCUCUCGGCACGGUGGAACCUGGGAAAUCCUGUUAACAAAAGGCAAACAUAGACGAGCGAUUUAUUCCCAAUGAACACACACCGUGGUCUCUAAAAGAAUUACAUUGUCAACUUUCCAUAGAGAUCUUCCAAAAAAAAAGGGAGCGUGGGAAAAGAUAAACCAGUAUAUAUCACUUAUUGCCACCUCCCCCUACCCCCCUUGCAACACCUGACAACCGAACAGGAAUUCUAAGGGUCCACCCACGUAUUUUCAUCACAGUACAUAAAUGUUCCACACCAAAGUUCACACAUUUUUAUAUAAUAUAGUUUAUGUAUAUUUUCUUUGAACCAGUGAUUUUUCUCUUCUCCCAUUUUUUAUAGACAUGUACACCUCAGGAAUUUAUAAGUAAGUGGACAGCAUUGCCCUUCAGUGUACCAUUGUUUUCAAACUUGCAUCAUUUCAAAUUGGUUGCCACCCAAGCAGGUUGGCAGCCCGGCAGGAGGGGAAGGGGGGCGAUCACCCCUCCCCCCCCUCCGCCACAAGUCAGUGAUCUAGUUUUAUAAUUAAAUGUAUAUGAAACCAG